AUGGCUGGUUCAUCUGAGACUACCUCGUUUGCUGAUCAAUCUGCUUCCGUGAUGAUGUUGAACAUGAAGGCUCACCAAAACCUUACCCUUGAUCUUGAUUCCUCUCGAUAUCCUAAAGCUUUAAGGCCUAUGAUCGAAUAUCUCUGUUUCUCACUACUGGCUCAAACAUUAACCAUGGCUGAAAUUGUACCCUUCGUUCAUCUGUCGAAGGCGUACACUAUUGAAAACUACAUUCAGGUUGAUGGGAUUAUUACAUUUGAGGUUGCUUCUCACAAGACUUCGAUUUCAAAAGCCUGUUUCUAUAGAUGUCUAGGGUUUACUGCUACUGAAGGGCUGGGUGAUCCUAACUCAAUUUUUUCUUCUGCACUGAUUGAGAUGUUCUACCAGAUGGGGUUUAUUGGCGAUAUCUCACUUCUAUCAAAGUUUAGGAAGUCAAGUCUACCUCCUAUGUGGAAUGGGCUUUUCACGUUGUUGUUCAAAGAGCUUAUCUGA